UGUACCAGGUCGCUCUCGGCUCUGCACUACAUCACUACAGUAACACCGGGUCAUAGGCGGACUGUAAAAUAUAUUAGAAAAAGAAUAAUUCUUUAGUUACAACAAUAACAACUACAAAAAAGCAACAUAAAUAAAUAAACCUGUGCGGGUUUAUUUACAAAGAUGCUGUUGAGGAAAAGCUGCAGUCUGGUUUUGAGCUGCAUAUUGCUCGGAUUCAUCUCUCUGCCUGUAAACAAUGCUGCUACAUGUAACGAGAAUCAGUUUCAGUGCGGAAACAAAAAAUGCAUCACAACCCGCUGGGUGUGUGACGGAAUGGACGACUGCGGAGAUGGUACCGACGAGCUUCCUGCUACCUGCUCUGAGAAGAAAUGUCUGGCGUCGGAGUUCAACUGCAAUGGAAGCCCUAUUCAAUGUGUCUCCUCCAGGUGGCGCUGUGACGGAAAGAUCGACUGUGAGAACGGAGCAGAUGAGCAUGGCUGCGCUCUGAAGAACUGCACAGCAGACGAGUUCCGCUGCGCAGAUGGACAGUGCAUCUCCUCCUCGUUCUUCUGCGACGAGGACGCUGAUUGUUCAGAUGGCAGCGACGAGGCUUCUUGCCCCAAGCCCUCCUGUACGGUUGGCUCUUUCCAGUGCAACAACUCAGUAUGCAUUCCGCAGCUGUGGGCUUGCGAUGGAGACGCGGACUGCGCGGACGGUUCAGACGAGUGGACUGAGCGCUGUGGCCAUAAAGUGACACAGAGCCCCUGCAGCGGACAGGAGUUUCAGUGCAGCAACGGAGAGUGCAUCCACGGCAAAUGGCGCUGCGACGGAGGCUUCGACUGCGCCGACCACUCAGAUGAAGCCAACUGCACUGUGGCAGCUUGUCGUCCCGAUGAGUUCCAAUGUAACGAUAGUAGCUGUAUUCCUGGCGUCCGCCAGUGCGACGGCGAGUUUCACUGCAAGGACCUGAGUGAUGAGAACGGCUGUGCCAAAGUGAGUAAAUGUGAAGGCCCAAACAAUUUUCAGUGCCGCAGUGGAGAGUGUAUCAGCAUCGAUAAAGUGUGCGACCAGCAACGUAACUGUAGAGACUGGUCUGACGAGCCCAUCAAAGAGUGCAAUGUCAACGAGUGCCUUGAAAAUAAUGGAGGCUGUUCUCACACCUGUAAUGACCUGAAGAUUGGCUAUGAGUGCCUUUGCCCUUCAGGCUACCGCCUUGUGGACCAGAAACGCUGUGAAGACAUUGACGAGUGUGCUGACCCUGACACCUGCUCUCAGGUGUGCCUGAACUUAGUUGGCAGUUUCAAGUGCGAUUGUCAGGAGGGUUAUGAGAUGGAUCCAAUGACCAAAGAGUGCAAAGCUGUUACUGAUAACAUUCCUUACCUGUACUUUACCAACCAUCACGAGGUGAGGAAGAUGACACUGGAUAAGCAAGAGUACACCUGCCUGAUCCCGAAACUGAAGAACGUGGUGGCCCUCGACAUGGAUAUGUCCAGUGGGACAAUCUUCUGGUCUGAUCUGUUCCACAAAAAGAUCUACAGCACUCCCAUAGACAAGGCUGCUUUUCCGGUCAACCACAUCACUUUGAUUGGCAGUCAGAUUUCCUCUCCAGAAGGCUUGGCUGUUGAUUGGAUCCACGGCAACAUCUACUGGACCGACAGUUUCUUUCAAAGCAUUUCUGUGGCAACAAAGGACGGAUCCAAGCGCAGGACUCUUAUCAACAAAGGCUUGAAUAAACCACACGCUAUUGUUGUAGAUCCAGAGAACAACUUCAUGUACUGGACUGACAAGGGAGAGCCAGCCAGGAUAGAAAAGAGUGGUUUGAACGGGGCAGAUCGGACACCUCUGGUCACUGACAACAUUGCCUGGCCCAGUGGCAUCACGCUAGACUUGAUGAAUCAGCGUCUGUACUGGCUGGACUCUAAACUGCACAUGCUUUCCAGCAUUGGUGUGGACGGUGGUUUGCGUCAUACACUCAUCGUUGACGAGUGGCAGCUGGCCCGUCCGUUCUCCCUGGCUGUUUUUGAGGAGAAAGUGUUUUGGACGGACGCAUCCAGCGGCAGUAUACUGAGCGCAAAUCGUCUGACAGGAAAGAAUGUUAUGAAAGUAGUGGAGCACCUACAGUCUCCCAAAGACAUCGUGCUGUACCACAACCUCAAGCAGCCCAACGGUACAAACUGGUGUGAAGAAGGGAAUAAUGUGAAUGGAGGCUGUGAGUAUUUGUGCCUCCCAGCUCCACAAGUGAAUGAACACUCCCCAAAAUACACUUGCACCUGUCCCGAUCACAUGGUCCUUGGCCCUGACAUGAGGAAGUGUGUGGAAGCUGUACAGCCAGGACCAACUAUACCAGUGGUUGGACCUCCAGCUGGUACUACACCAAAACAACCGGCCAUACAAAGCACCACCACAAGCACCACAACCACUAUCAAACAAACACCAAAAACUACAGCCUCCACGAGUUCCUUAGGCGCUGUUGGGUCUCGAAAGAAUAACGCAGAAACCAAGGCUGAAACCAAUGCUCAGGAAGGUUCAAAUGAUGUGUACGUUGCAGUCACCAGUCCGUCUGAACACUCCGUCGCUCUCUACAUCAUUGUGCCUUUGGUGGUGCUGUGCCUGAGCGCAUUUGGCGGUGUGUUCCUGUGGCGUCACUGGAGGCUGAAGAACACUAACACCAUCCACUUUGAUAACCCUGUGUACCAGAAAACUACAGAGGACCAGGUGCACAUCUGCAGAAGUCAAAGCCAAGAUGGCUACGUCUACCCACCACAUCAGAUGUUGUGUUUGGACGAUGAGGAGGACAUCGCAUGAUUGUGCUCUCAGUAAAAAACAAACAGUCCCACAGGAGAUCGAAUUUAAAAUACAAGAGAGACUCAAAGCACUGUGGAUGCUGCUUACAUGCUUUGAGUUAUUUUAUUUAUUUUUCUAAAUUGCACAAACCUGAAUGUGAAGGGAAAAUCCACAGAAUGGCGCAUUCGCAUCCUUCUUCUCGAAUAAAGGACGCACGAGAACUUCAUCACCACGAUAUAAAAAAGCCACUAAAUGUCAAAAACGUUGAAGUCCUGGGGGAAGUUAUUGUCAUCAGAUUUUUAUGUUGUUAGAAAACACAUGCUUUUACCAUUAGAUGCACAGUUAGAUUAAACCAGUUAGAAUCUAAACUAAUAUGAAGAACUCAGCACCAUUCUCACCUUGAAAGGAGAUUGUAUAUUUAAUUAAAACUUUUUUGUUUUAUUUUCAUACAUUAUAAGAAGGAGAAUGCCCUUAAUUAUGGAGAAGCCUCGCUCUGACCGCAUCUACCGCAUUUUAAUGGACGUAUAUUAAAGGAAUACUUUAGUACUAUAGUGAUGUUAUCCCUUUUCAUUAAAUUUUCCACGAUGUUUGAUUACCAUGCACAAAAAGAGAACAGAAAUCCUGUUUACAUGACCUGUAAUGGAACUCUCAUUAUGGUCUUAUUAUGGAGGUGGAAAUGCAAUUACAGUAUGUAAAAAAUUUAAAAAAAAAAAACAGUAAAAAGUAAAGGUAUUUGGCAGACCUUCAAGAUUUUAUUUAAAAAAGGAAGAAAAAGGUUGAAAUUCUUGCCUAUGGUAAUCACACGUUCUCUUAAGACACUAUGGAUAAAAUUAUAGGAAUAGUUUUAAUAAAGCUGGAGUAUUCCUUUAAUAGAGUGCGUGAACAUUGCACAAUUUAAAUGCCUGUAGUUGUCAGGUGUUUAAAAUUAGUAAUGAAUAUGUUUUGUAUUAUAGCCAAUACAGGCUUUACACUAUUAGACAUUGACUUGUUAAUAACAUUCAGUUAUUUUUCGCUGUGUGAAGGUUUACCUUUGCCUUGCACUAGUUUUUUUUUCUCCAGUUCACAUUAACUUUCUGAAUGAUGAACUGCAGUACGAAGUUAUAUUGCACUGGUAUAGACAUUAAAAUAGAGAGAAUUGAAGCAUCCUGAGCCAUGUCAGCUUUUUAUAUGACGAUCAUGACACUACCGUGACUUGUUAGGCAAGACAAGUCACCUUUCCAAAGAACUAUUCAGGGACACAAAAAAAAAAGAAGAAAAAAUAGACAGGUUUGUGAUGCUGGCGUUUUGUACUUGAAGAUAACAGUUUGUUACCUCUUGUUGAAGAAUGCAGGUGAAACAGAAGCUUUAUUAUAUUUGCUGUGAACGAUCGUCAACAUGUUAGCUCUCGUGCUUUCGGAGUUCUCUGUCUGUAUAUGAUGCCUUUUGUAGAUUACUAGGAUACGUGGCUUAUCUGUUUGUUCUCGUUUGAAACAUGCCUUAUGAUGAGAAAAUUGUGUUGCCUUAAUCCUCAGGUUUGGGAACAUUUACAGAAAAACUGGCCAGAGUAAUACAACCUGAUGGCUGUAGUAUAUGUAAAAUGUAAAACCUUUAUUUCUUUUGGGAGAGUAACUUUAAAAUGAUAUUUAAGACAUCAAAUCAUGUAUAUUGACUACGCUGCUGUUUUGUUUUUGUACACUCCGUGAAUUGUGCGGGAAUUUAUUUUGAGAGAGGUAGCAGUUGUUACAGUAGAUGAAGUCAUAACCUAAAGUAAAUGUAAAAUGUGUACAUAAUGCCUGUGUAUAUAUAUUUUCUGUCUCUUUUUUUUUUUAAGUUUGUAUAUUUUAAACCACAGAUUUUGUAAAUAUGAGAAAAGUACUUUAUUUAUUGUAAGAAAUCUAUAUAACGUCAUUUUAUUUUCUCAUGUCAUGAGCUACAAGGCUGUUCUUGUAAGAAAAAUACUGGUCAGGCUUUUUUUUUGUUUCUGAUACAUCCUCAGAAAAAAGGGUACUGAACUCAAGAGUAUCACUCCAGUUACAAAGAAUGGUACAGUACCUUUUUCUGUAACUACUGAAAAAAUUGCACUGUUAUAAAUGGAUUACAUGCAGCAUAUCUUUAUUAAUUUCAGUUUAGGCUUAUAACGGUAUGACCUGCUGGUUUUUAAAUAAUGCAAAUGGCUUUACAUUUAUUGUAUAGAACUUAUAAUUUUGUUGAGAUAUUACACUAGAAAUCAGUGGACGGUUCUUGUGUAGCCUUUACCUAGGUACUGUAAAGGUACAGUAUAAAUACAGUACAGGUACUAUAAAAGGUAGACUUUUACAGUACUACAGUUACUUACAUGACACAUGUUUAGAAUUGUGUAAGAUGUGCUACCAUAAUCCAUCUGUAACAACACAGACAUUGCUAUUGCAAUACCUAGUAAUUGCUUGUGUUUAAAUUUCAUGUUUUAUAUUUAUAGAAAUCAGCACCAAAAAUCCAACAAAAUCAAUGUACUAUACUUUAAAUAAGCCAUGUUAACAUUAGAAAUGUAAUAUUGUAUAAUGGCCAUCAAAAACCAUGUCUAUAAAACAAACAUGUCUGUAUAACAGUGAAGUUGUUUAUUACAAUGCUUGUGCCUUUUGAUAAUCUUACCAGGCCUUACUUAAGUGUACAUAGCUCGAGUACUUUUGAUUAAUUUGCUUUAAGAGAAAGAUCAGUCUGUAAUAGACUACGUGAUGAGAGUAUCCUGACACUUCAAAUGAAGGAAAUGUCACAAAAUAACAACUGAAUAUUGUUUAUUUUGUGUUAUUGCUAAAUAAAUGUUACCUUUAAACAUGA